AUUGAUCAGUGGCCUUUCUUUCUUAACUCCGCCUAGCUAGCUAAUAAUUAAGUUCAUCAUGGUCGCAUGCAUGGAUUCUAAUUUCCAGCCAACUGUUUCCGAGGCGCAUCCCGAGACGAUGGAUUUCCUUUCCAGUGCUUGGUGCAACUUUGCCGUUCAAGCUUUCCAACCGGAGCUGCAGGACCACGCAUCAAUCGUUCUCCAUGGAAGCCCAAUUAAAAAAUUUGAGAACGACAGCCAACCUCCUUUUCCGGAGGUGGAGAAGAACGUAAAGAUAGAUGAUGCCGAUCUCAAAUCUCUACCCCCAUGGAAAUCUAAUGAUGUGAAGUCUUGGAUAUGGAUGCAACAGGCCAUGCAUCCAGAAUUAAACUACAACAGCUGUUUUCGAAAGAAAUGGGUGCCAUGGCCAUUUAGGGGUACUGUGUCGAUCAAAAAAUGGCUGAAAGAGGUUAAACAGAAGAGGAAGCAGGAAGAGAGGGUACAGAGAGCCGAAGUGCACGCAGCUAUAUCAGUGGCAGGCGUAGCGGCGGCGCUGGCUGCUGUAGCGGCCGAAAAUUCCAAGCAUGACGAGUCCAACACCACCAAAGAGUCCGCAGUGGCUUCAGCCGCAGCUUUGGUUGCUGCCCAGUGCGCCCAAGUGGCGGAGGCCAUGGGGGCCAAACGCCACCAACUCAGCGCUAUUAUAAGUUCUGCCAUGACCGGUACAGCUGCAAGUGACAUUUUAACCCUCACGGCCGCCGCCACCACUUCAAUGAAAGGAGCUGCAACGCUGAAAGUAAGAACAGGAUGCAAAAAUAGAUUGAAUGGGACUGCGCCGGUGCUGCCCAUCGAGGAUAACAAUGAGCUCCAAUCCGACUUUGAAAAUUGCAAAUUAUUACUUGCUAUGGGUGCUGAGCUCCGCAUCGAGACGCCUGAUGGAAAAUGCACGGCGAGGUCAGUUUCAGUCAUUUUGAACAGUCAAGCUAAGGUCAUUCUCAUAACAAAGAAACUCGGUCUGUUGAAUGCCUUUGGAAGUAAGAAAGAGAGCACUGUAUUGGACCUGCAUGCAGAGCUUUGCAACAAUUCCGAGAUGGAGGAAAACAAUACAUGCUAUCUUCUUGUUCUAACAACAAGUAGAGGAAUAGUGAAGUUGGACAUGAAGGAUGAUCACCGACGUUACAAGAUGUGGGCGUCAACAAUUAAUCACCUGCUGAUGCUGUCAACUUCUUUUGUGAGAUAUGAACUUCAGCUUCGUGAAAAUUGAAGAGAUUCCUUCCUACUCUAUUAAUGCAUCGAUUUUCAAGCUUGUACAUUUUUUGUGUAUUAUAUUAUGGUCGAUUAUAUUUGGAACUCUUGGUGAUUGCCUGUGAAAUAAUUUAUCCGUGAAUCCUUGCAUUCGUAAUUUGCAUUGUACUGAUGUAUCUAAAUUAUUAUUAAUAAAGUAGGAACCCCAUGAAACAAAAUUCAUUCCUCUCUCAAAA